AUGGGGAAUUGGUGGCACCACUUCGGUUAUCACUCCAAACCCCUCGUGGUUGUGAUCCGAGGCUCGCAAAUCAGCUGCUUUUCUCCCACCAACUUCACGGGGAAGCAGUCCGCCUACGUCGACACAGCUUGCUGGGACUCCCUCGUCCACCAUGGCUUCGACGCCGAGGGCCACGCCGUCACCAAAUCCCUCUGGGCUCUCAAGGUUUUCCCCUACUCGCUGCUGGUGGUGGCGGUUCUCAUGUACCUUCCCUACCUUCUGUGGCGUUACGCCGCCGCUCCCGCUCUUCAUUCCGACCUCCUCUUCAUCAUCGACGAGCUGGAUAAAUCCUACAACCGUUCCGUACGCUUGGUGCAGCACAUGAGGAAGCCGGAACAAUUCUGGGAGGAAUACGAGAGGGCUCGCCGGGAGCGAUAUUUUGAAUUUCCGUUGCUGGAGCGUUAUCUCACCUGCAAGCAGCACGCUCACUCCUUAGCCUUCAUCUACAUCCUGAGGAACAUCCUCCUCCUCAUCUUCUUGGCUGCCACCUGCCUCUACCUCAUCUUCCUCCACCUCAACAUCUUCUUCCAGGAUGAAUUCAGCUGCUCCAUCAAAACAGGACUGCUCCGAGCGGAACCUCACAUCCCAUCGCUCAUCCCUUGCAAGUUGGUUUUUUUUUCCGUCUUCCAGCUCAUCAGCUUUUCGGUCGGCGGCAUCUACGUCCUCCUCGUCCCCGUUGUCGUCUACAACGCCCUGCAGCUCUGCCAGUGGGACAAGGGACUUCUCUCCGUUUACGAAAUGCUCCCCGCUUUCGACCUCCUCAGCCGCAAAAUGCUCACCUGCCCCGUCAACGACCUCAACGUCAUCCUCCUCUUCCUCCGCGCCAACAUCGCCGAGCUCACCUCCUUCGGCCGCCUCAAUGCCGUCAGCGCUUUGAGGGAAACCACCGCCAACAAGGAGGACAUCGAUACUGUCAUCGAUUUCAUGACGCUGCUGGCCGGGCUGGAGGCCACCAAACCCAAACACCACCUUUGUGUCCCCGAGGCUGACGGCAGCGCAGCCCUCACCAACAGCAGGGCUCCCGAAACGAAACCUGGAGUGAAAGCGACGGGAAAACCCUCCCGGGACUCGCUGGGCUCUGCCUGA